UGUACACUGAAAGAGUUCAACGACUACCACCAGUACCUGAAAUCUGUUCAACUUGAAAAGAUCACACAGGAACGGAAGAGAACGGUUAUCCCGCAAGCUCCAGAAUGACUACAGGAAGACAAUGAUGAGGCUGUUGGACCAACGCCGUAAGAAGAAGGCGCUCCAGCAGAGCAGACGUAAGGAGAGCGAGGAGAAGCAUCACAACAUCAGGGCAACGCUGGAAGAGGAGGCUCAAUUAAAGAAGAACAUGAUCAAAGCUAAAAGAACGUCCGAGGAGAUCAGACGAGAGGAGCAACUAAAAGCACAACAUGAAAAGGAGAAGGAGGAAAAGGAAAAAAAGUUGGAAGAUCAAUGGACUCGUCGGGAACUCGCCCGGGCGAAGAGGAUGAUGAGAGAGAAACUCCUAGAGGCCCAGAAGAAAGAGGAGAUGCAAGAGAGAGUGCUGAGGAGAGAGGAAAUGGUUGCUAAGCAAUGGGAGACACAGGAAGAUAAUCUCACCCGUAUUAGGGAAUAUAGACAAAAGUCGGCCUUGCGAAAGGAGGUCUUCGUUGCUGAGCGACUUGAGAAGAAGGUCGAGGACUUGUGCCGUAAAUACACCGCAGGACCAAAACGCGGGAGGCGGAGGUUCCCACCAAUCAAUCCCAAGCUGACUACCAACAUGACUACUUGGAAUGUGAAAGAGAAACUCUGCAAGGAGAAAGAUGAGGCGGGCUCCACUACCACUAGUACUGAUAAGCUUCCUCCAAUCAUAUAUUCAGAUGAAUCAGGAAUAGACAGACGUCGCAGUGGCCCGGCCUCUAUGGUCAUCUUUGAAACAUCUUCUCUACCUUCUGUUAAAUCCUCAGAGUUUUCCAAGGAGAUUGUGACCAUAGUCGAGGAGUUCGAGCCUCCGACUUCAGUGGUGUCUAUGGGGGAUGCCCCUGUAUCUAUGCCAGAAGUCCUGGACUCCUUCACUGUGGUUGCUAGGCAACUCGUCACCGGCGUCUUCAAGGAGCUGAAAGCCGAUCCAGAGUUCGAUGACGUGGAAUGGGAAGAGGGAAACGAUGGCACGUGGAAGACGGAUGGACAGAAGGAUAGAGCUCCAUCAGAGAGGUCUGGUAGUCCUGAUGUCUACAUUGAUGCAAGUGAGGUCAGCCCCUACGCGAGUCUGAUGGUAGCCAAUGCCUUGAAGAAUGUCUUGAACCAGGUAGAAGACACUCAACCUUCCUUGAUACAGAUUUCCACGAUUGAAGAAAGGGCUCGGUCUAUCGUCUGUAAAGUUCUUGAAGGAGCCAUUGAGAGGGUACGUCCAUCGAGUCCUGUGGAAAUGGUACAAAACAAGCGACCUUCAUCGUCCGAACAAGCCAAAACCAUUGUCUCAUCUGCCAUUGAGGGCGCACUGACCCGUAUCCAGACUGCAGAGGAUGUGAGUGACGGAGGUCAAAGGUCAUAUGAUUUAGAUGACCGGCUUGGUGAAGAGACUGAUGAGGCAGUGGAUCUCUCAUCCAUCAUUGAAAUCUUUAAGGAGCCUGUUGACUCGAUCCCAUCCAUCACGCACACCCAAGCCUCUAGUGAAAGCGAGAGCGAAGCCGAAGAAGAAGGCGAUACUGUCAUCGGCAUCGUGGAAAACCCGAUCCUCAUGGACGAGAUCCAGCACACCGGUGGCCCGUCGGGCGAUACCGACGUCGACGAGGGCCUGCACGUCGUCAUGCACAAGGCCGAUGACGGUCACUUGGUCAUGGAGGGUGCGGUGCUGACUGCUGAACACGACACGCAGACGAUCACGGAGAGAAUCCUUUCCAAUAUCACCUUGGAGAGGGUUUCAGGCAGUUUGUCAGGGGCAUCAAGCUCCCGCAGCGGACUGACCCGAGAGGAACCAGCAGUGCCCUCAUCAAGCAGCUCCGAAGACGAAGGCGAAGAGAUCCCCGAAGACCACUCCUCGAUCAUCCCGAUCUACCAGAAGAACCUGAUCAAUGUCGGAGGACACAUGGUGGAGUCCCAUCUCUCGGCGAUCUCCAUGAAACCUGAGGCAGACGGGAAGUUCCCCAGCAAGGGCAAGUGCGCUGCCAGGAACUCCUUCAGGAAUAUCUUCCGUCCAGACAUGACGUACUGUCAGGGUUCAGCCAGGAUGCUUCGGGAUACCCUGGUCAGAGACAUCUCGAGCCGCCACACGGCCAGUCUGCCGACGGGGAUGGACAUGGUCUGCGAGGUUCUGGAAAAGGAGGAGCAAGACAUCAUGGAGAAGCAUUCGGACGAGGCUCUGGUCGGCGUGGAGGAGACAGAGGGACUUUGUUACCUGCCAACCAAGAGGAGACCCAAACCGCCUCCACCCCAGACACCUGCCCCCGAGCCAGUCCAGGAACAGGUUAAGAAGAAAUCGAGUGACACUCCUGGUAAUGAUGGUGUCCUAACAGCAAAGAGCUCAGAAGAUAGAUCUACCAAGCCUGAUGGUGAUCGUAAGGAUGCUUUGGUGGAUGCUGAUGGCACAGGUGGUGCAGAUGCUGCAGCAUCAGCAACGGAAGGGAAUCCAAAAGCUACCACUUCAUAUCAUACUGAGCAUCAGGUUAUUCCAUCAUCCAAGUCGGCUGAAGAGGCACAAGAGAGGGCGCUCUCCGCAGAGAGAGAAAGCACUAGGCGUGAAGUCUCCACGCACUCUGUCGACGCCUCCCAAAACCUCGCCAAUAGCAGCUCAGGAGAGGACAGCGAAUGCCCCAAGGGUCGGAAAUCGAAGAAGGUGAAGUCUUCGGGCGGGCUGAGCGGGCUGUUCUCUCGCAUCAGCCAUGUGUUUUCCGGGACACGCAAGUCAAGCGCCAGCAUCCCGUCACAUGAAAGCUCAUCGGAACCGGCUAGUCGGCGGUCAUCAAAGAAGAGCAUUGAGAGAUUUACCGUCGGGGCUUUGUCAGAUGGUACACAAGCACCCGAGGAAGCACCUAGCAGUGAGACAAGCCGACCUUCCUCCGUCGGCUUGCACCAAGACUCGAGCAACCUCCAACGUUCCAGCAUCCACUGCGGCUCUAGCAUUCACCACGGCGCCAGCGUCCAUUUCACCUCGAUGACCAUCGACCCUCCAGCCAGGAGAGAGAGUAUCUAUGCUUCCCACCGACCCCAGACGCCCAUCCCUGCCAUGCACCAUGAUCCAACCCUCGAUGACGAUGACGACGACGACGAUGAGGUGGUCAUCGAUGUGGAGAAUCCGAAAGGAGAUGGUCCGGUUCGGGAAGGUGUCAAGGAAGCCAGUUCCGAGGCCUUGGCAGCGGGAGAAGAUGCGCAUGCAGCAGACAAUGAAGAAGAAAAGCAAACACCACGUACUGAUCAGCAAGAGAAGGCUGUUGCCAUGGAAUCAGAUACCGAGGCUGUUGUCAUGGAAACAGCCACCACUGGUGAGGCCGAGGCUGCUCCUGCUGAAAAUGAGCUUCCAAAAGCAACAGAUGAGAGCUCUGUUGCCAUGGAAACUGAUGGACACACCCCUGAGGAAGAAACACAUGAGCCAGAGACUAAAGGUGCAGAUGAAAAGACAGAACCAGCUGAAAACACUGAUGAUGUUCAAGGUGAAAAGGAAGUUCAAGAGGAAAAACCAGCUGCAGCAUCUGAAGAUGAUCCGCCCACUGAAGAUCCCUCAAACCCCGAGACUCCGACAGAACGCCCGCUGCAAGUCGAGAACGACAGCAACAAUUCAAACACUGACAGCGGUGCCAAAUCACCCGACCGUCUUCCCUCCAUCCGUACAAGCCAGCUGCAGUCCCCACGAACACCCAGCACGUCGUCAUCUAGCCGCGCAUACGGGGUGGCUAGUCAGUCGGGAAGUCGUACUUCUCAGGCUAGUCAACGGCCCAUGCCCCCAACAUUGAGGCCACCAUCAGAUCGGAGUCCCUCAGGGUCCCAUUCUAUGACCAUCACUGGUCGUUCAUUGACACCUGCAGGAUCCAAGAUGGUCAAGUCAGUGACAUCGACCUCGGAGAAAGGAAGGCACGGUGCCCUGAGUCCUAAGGCUCCAGCAUCCAUGCGGAACAGUCGGGCAGGGCUGUCGAACCACAAGCGGAUUUCUUCCCCGCGUAAGAAGUCUACCGUGUCGAGCCAGUCAGCUGGCAAGGUCAAGAGUGCGUACGGAAGCUCUGCUGGUCUUUCAGUAAGUGGAUAUCAAAUCCUCCCUACCAAGCCAUCCAACACAAUGUCCUCCAGCAGACGUGCGUCUCGCAAUCAGGCCAGUCUGAUCAGUGCGACGGAGCUUGGAACAUCGCGGACUUCAAGGACCAAGCAGGGGAGUCGCGGUAGCGUGAUCAUGCCUAGACCGCCCUCUGGUAUCAAGCCGUCGGGUUCCGCUCAGUCGGGUCAUCGUGGGGUCAGGCAACCAUCCGAAACUCAAGCUGUGUCAAACCCAACCCUUACAACCUCCAAGGGGAGCUCUUCAGUUCUUGUCAAUCAUCGGAGCUCCAACGAAAGGCUGCUGCCACGUCGGGCAUCCCUUGAGAAAGAAAACCGGAUGGAGCGCCUGUCUACGGAGAGCGUGACUAACAAAAGAUCCAGCAAGGAGAAAGUCGGGAAGAAGAAAUCCAGUGGGACCCAACAAGCAACAGAAGAGCCGGUUGACGACCAAAAGCCUGCAGCCCCUAUGCCUAAGAUCAAGGAGUCCCUGACCCCUCGACCUCCCAGUCAACCUGCGACCUCGAAACAGAGGUCGCGACCUAACUCAGGAAUCAAGAGAGCUGCCGAAGAUAAUACCUCAGAUGCCGGACAAAAUAUGCUUGGGAAUGACCAGGCGGCAUCAGAGGACUAAAAUAAGAGAUCGCAAUCUGAAUGUGAUGAUACUGCAGUGAUAAACAAACAAAUCAUAAAGGAAAAGAAAUUGAUGAAUUGCUCUUAUAAUGAACUGCUGUGAUUAGAAAUCAGGAUUUUACUACAGUAUUGAGGAAGCAUAAACAAAGGCUUGUUAAAAUUGCAAUCUGAAUAUGAUGAUACUGCGGGAUAAACAGACAAAAAGUAGAGGAAAUUAUACCAAGGAACUGCUAUUAUUAGAAUUGCUAAUAUUAGGCUACAGUAAUUAGAAACUGUUUACUAAGGGGGAAAAUGGUUAUAGUUUCAAUCAAUGUUUGUUUUUAAUCAUGUUAGAGGAAUCUUUGAAGAAAAUCAGUUUAGAAAAGAAAAUAGUGAUUAACUUAUGGGAAUCAUGGUGAAAAAAUGCUUCAGUAGUUAUUAAUUAAUUUUAGGAAAAGGAAAUGAUUAUCAAUGCAGUUUAUAAUGAUUUAUAUGGCAGUGAAAAUAAAACAAGUCAUUGAUUAUAGUAAUAAUUUCAAAAGAAUUACAGCAUAUCUUUAUUUUUUUUAAUUAGUAGUAAUCUUUAUUUCUGAUUUUCAAGUUUUGACUUGAGAAAGUUACCCAAUCCUUUAAAAUGAGUGUAUUAAUGCGAAUUAGAUGUGAUAUCUGGAGAAAAAAAAAACACCUUGAAAAAUUCUUGCAAAUAAUGUUGGUAUGCAUUGUUGAUAACAGCAUAGACUCUUAGAUAAGAUUAUUUAUUUGUGAAGAAAUAAUUUUGAAAAUGAUGGCUAUAAUAGUAUAAAGCAUUAUUUUACUUUUUUGUGAAUGUAAGAAUAUAUUUCAUAGGAGCAAUAUAAUGAAUAAUUUCCAAAGCAGCUGAUCAUAUUCAAUGAAUGAAAUUGUUAAAACGAGACCAAAAAAAAUCUUGCCAGGCAUAUUUUUUAAUUAUUUAUA